AUGUCAUCAUCACUGGUGCUGACACCAGAACCGAACCCACCGACUUCCCUCUCGGAACCGCCCCAAAGUCACCCGAGGCCUCAACGAUCCACACGAGCAGCGGUCAAUUAUUCAGAACGCGCCCCGGAUUACUCUUCGGUCUCACCACACUCAACCACUCCGACUCGCUCAGCAGCGGUGUCUACCAGAUCCAGAAGGAGUACAUCUAGUUCCUUAUCAGUCGCGGAGAGAUCACCGGACAAGAAGAUGUUUGCCAAUGGCAGGAAAAGAGCUUUCUCACCGCUGUUCGAUAACGAAAGGAAAGAAGCUGCCCUUGGCUUGGUGCUCGGAGAGGAAGCUAGUACUGAGGACGAAACAUCGGAGGGAUCGAAAGCAACUGCGCAGGAGGAGGGUGAAGAUGAAGUGGUAGAUGAUUUGAAUGAGGAUGAGGCUGAGGAUGAUGGCGAUAUCGGAAGUGACGGUGAAGAGGAAAAGGAGGGAGAAGAAGCUGAAGUGUUGAAGCUGUCCGAAUCACCAAUCAAAACAACCAAAGAACAAAUCAUUCCGACUGAGCAACUUGCCACCCUAUCUAACUCUCGAGUUACCCGUCGGCGAACUGUCUCUCCCGAGAAGAAACCCGUGGAAGAGCCCACAACAACGGGUGUGAUAAGACUUGUCUUCGGCAAGAAAAGGAAAGCUGAAGUGGAUAUGGAGUCAACCGAGAAGGGAGCUGUCCUAGCACCAACAGCUGCAGCGCCGGAAGCACCAGUACUCCAAGAGGAGCCUCAGAGUGAGGUGAUGAGCGAAGAUUUUCGAGAGGAUUUACGCAAAAGGUUGCCACGAAAGAAAAGAAAAUGGUUGAAAAAGGGAGAAGUCGAUCCCGAUGAUCCCAUCGCAGUGGCUCGUCAGAAGGAGAGACACAGGUUGAUAGACGAAGCUAUCGAGGAUCUUAAUAAACAAGAGCAAUUGCUUUUGGAUAACGCCCAUCCCCAACUAUUAUGGUUGUGGGAUGAAUUAGAGCGCAGAAGGGGAUUGCAGAUAAACUGGCUCGAAGCUCGUCAUGAUGCGGCCAUUGGGGAUCUAGAGCGUCUGCGCGAUCAUGAGCUGCAAGUCGCAAAAUCAGAUUUCAGGCUAAAACGGGAGGAACUUGCCAAUACGAUGAUCCGAGAGAACAGACACAAGAUGGCUCGUACUGCUGCCGAACGUACCGCUCUCAAAAGACGGCCAGGCAGUAUGCCCAACCUUCGAGGUGGUCGCGGUGGUGGAGGUUGGCAGGUGUCUACGACAAACCUCCUUUCAAAUGGCGAGCAGAAGCUAGUACCUUUGACGAACGCAGAUGAUCCCGUCAUGCGUCGAGACGUCUCCCGAAAGAUUGAACCGCUUAAUCCUGCCGAGGUCAAAGCCGAUCUAGAGAAGCUCGAAGCACACAAAGUCAAACGGCAACAUCGAUCGUCAACACCUCCCAAUGUUCAUUCCAAACCUUCCGCUUCUAGGUCUGACCGUCACUCGCUCCCCCGUCCUGUUGAACAGCAACACAAUGCUAAAGUCAUGCGGUAUGCUGCACCUCCAGCCGCCCCACAUCGUCCUCCCAGCAUAUGGGAUCCACCUAAGCCUCUGAUGGUCAAUCACGUGCACAAACAAGGAAUCUCGCGCCCACGCUCUCCCGAGCAUUUACCGCGAUAUCACAACGAACCAGUUCCUACGACAGGCUAUGGUGGACGUGCGCCUUCACGUGGACUCCCAUUCGCGUCCAUGUUCAAGCCUGCUUCAGAAGCCCCAACAUUUAGACAAGAAGCGAUACCUCCUCAUCGGCCAUCGGGUCCACCACGUCCGAGAUCUCCCCCUCAUCAGCCCCCACAUCAUCCGAUGGAAACAACACCCUCUGGUCUCUGGCCACACGCACGUCAAAGGCAUCCAUGGCUAGCAUAUGGUGGUGCACCUCCCAGAAAAGCCUGA